AUGGAAGUCAGGCUUGCGCCUGGCGCAUUGAUCUAUGCUACUAAUCAUCCAAAGGUCGCAAUGAGGUGAGACGAAAGGGUCACGAAUGCACGUGUCGUAAUACUACGGUUGGUCCCCGGCCUCCCCGCAGAUUGCCUUGCUUCUCGGUAUGUAACUGUAGUCAACGUUCAGUGGUAAAUGAUCUAUCUUGUGAAGCCUGAGCCGAGCUUUCCCUGUGGUUUCUUGCCGUUCGCGGUGUUGCUGCUUGCAUAAUUGGUAGUAGACCCUGACACCCGCAGCCGUGAAUACCUAUCUCAUGAAAGGCCAAAGCCUGUUCUGUUUAGGUUGUAAGCGAUAAUAUGCAAUGGCCCCGACCGAGCGAAUAGUUUUUGUGACCGUGGGCACUACUAAAUUCGAAGCCCUCGUAGAGCGCGUGGACUCGAUCGAGCUGCUGCACAUCCUCCGUGACAAGGGCUACACUAGGCUUAUCAUUCAGAAGGGAAAUGGAGUAUACUGUCCAACAAAAGUAGUUCCAAAGGGUCAGACGAAGGCCCGAACAGAAGGCAUUGAUGUUGAAUACUUCGAUUACUCCCCCUCCCUGGCCAGCUACAUUACCUCAGCGGCGCUGGUCAUCAGCCAUGCAGGCUCCGGCUCCAUCUUCGAGACCCUCACCGCGGGCGUGCCGCUGGUUGUGGUCCCCAACCCGCUGCUGAUGGACAACCACCAGGUGGAGCUGGGGGAGCAGCUGGCGGGCAUGGGGCACCUGGUGAGUGCAACGCCGGAUGACCUGCUUGAGGCUGUACGGCAGUUUGACGCCAGUCGCCUGUUGCCGUACAACAAGGGUGAUGCACGCGCCAUGGUGCGCAUCAUUGACCGGCAGCUUGGCUUCAGCGCGUGAGGAGGAGGAGCGUGGUAGUCGGGAAGGAGGAGGAGGAAGAGGACGCAAAGUGCAGCAGCAGCUGCUGCUACAGCAUUUGUUGUAUGCGGAAAGGAAGCGAGCAUUGGAGCACCAAGCAUUAGUAAGCACUGCAGCUGAGUUGUGUGUGGUAUAGUGGUGGUUGUGUGGUGCUGGUCACUGUUUCCCAUGGAUUUGGUCCGCAUGACUGGUCCGCAGGCCCAUGGCGGUUGUCCCAUGCAGCAGGGACAGGAUCGUGCAGGUUGUUGCAGGCACACACCCAAAUGGCAGCAGAUGGUAAAUCUGCCUGCCACCUGGCGUUUUUUAAACAUAAGUGUGGCUUCUUUCCCUAGUUGGUUUAGGAACACGUAAGAGGGCAACUGCAUGGUCCAGAAGAGGCCAACAUGACGGCACCGGAGCUGUGUGUGUUGGGCGCCCACACCUCAACAGGGGGAUGCAUGCUUUACGUAAGAAUGGAGGAGGUCGGGACAACGAGAGGAGGCGGUAGCAUUAUCAUACCGCAGGCUUACAUGAACGUCUGUAAUGUACGAGCCCAGCACUUGGAUUACCGCCACACAUACACCCAUGUAUUGUUGUGUAUAACCAGCUGAAUUCUCCUAUUCAAUUAAUG